CUUCGCUCACCGUCUCAGGCCCCCGACCGAUUCACUCUCCCUCGGAGCCAUUCGGCUAAAAACGAAAAAUGUCUUCCCAGCCCGAACCCGGUACCGAGCCCGGGUCGGGCCGUCCCGAUGUCCUCGUCCACCGGUUCCGGUCCUUCGAUUUCCCCUUCCAGGCGUCGUUCCGUGACCACUUCACCAUCCUCGACCCGUGGACGGACUCGCCCGACGAGCCCGCCGACGCCUUCCUCGCCCGCCGCGCCGGCGGCGCCCGCGCCCUCGUCUGCGUGGGACCCACGCCCCUCCCCGCCGACACCCUCCGCUUGCUCCCCUCCCUCCAGGUCGUCAUCGGCACCAGCGCCGGCGUCGACCACAUCGACCUCCGCGAGUGCCGCAGGCGCGGCAUCGCGGUCACCAACGCCGGCGCCGCCUUCGCCGAGGACGCAGCCGACUACGCCGUCGCGCUCCUGCUCGACGUACUGAGGCGGAUGUCGGCGGCCGACCGGUACCUCAGGGAGGGCUUGUGGUUGAAGAAUGGAAACUACCCGCUCGGAUUCAAGUUAGGAGGAAAGAGAGUGGGAAUCGUGGGACUGGGAAACAUCGGUUCCCACGUUGCCAAAAGGCUCCAGCCAUUCGGCUGCGACAUUGCCUACAACUCGAGAAGCAAGAAGCCAUCAUGUCCGUUCCCUUACUACGCAAGCAUCCACGAUCUCGCCUCCAAUUCUGAUGUCCUCAUCUUGUGCUGUGCGCUCACAGAAGAAACCCACCAUGUGAUCAACAGAGAGGUCAUGACUGUUCUGGGAGAUCGAGGGGUCAUAAUUAACGUGGGGCGAGGCAGUCUCAUCGACGAGAAGGAGCUCGUGCAGUCUCUGUUGCAAGGGGAGCUGGGCGGUGCGGGCCUCGACGUUUUUGAAGACGAACCGAACAUGCCGAAAGAGUUGUUUGGUCUGGACAAUGUGGUGUUGUCUCCGCACCGUGCCGUCAUUACUCCGGAAUCAUUCGAGGCGAUGCGGGAGCUCACCAUAUCGAACCUGAAGGCUUUCUUCUCGAACGAGCCCUUGUCGUGCCUCGUCCAGCACAAGUGACGAGGAAGCUGUGCACUCUUAUGGGGGAAGCUGUUUGAUUCAUAGAUACCAGCGUCUCUCAUUUCUACUGCUUUGAAGGGGGGAAAAGAAUAAAGCAUCAGCAUUUGGAUCAACGUUUUUUUGAGCACCAACGUCUCUCCUGUGAUUCUUAUGAAUGUUUUGGGGGGAAAAGCUGCUUCCUGGCCCUUGUAUUUUUGGAUCCACCCCCCAAAAUUUGAUUAGUCUCAGACUCUGAUCUCAA